GUUAGCGGGAGUCUUCUCGAUCAGCGUGUGUUCUUGAGCGGUACGUAGUUUGGAUUUGCUCAGGCCCUCCUCCAAUUUCUUCCUCCGUUCCAGAUGGGUUCCACCGUAGACGUCGUUGUGGCCCUUGAUGGUAGUGGCAACUACCGCAGCAUUAGCGCCGCCGUCGCUGCCGCGCCACGCAAGAGCAUAGUUAGGCACGUAGUCCACAUAAAGGCUGGAGUUUACAAUGAAUACGUGUCUAUAGGCAGCGAUGUCUGGAACAUCACGCUCGUCGGAGAUGGGAUGGACCGAACCAUUAUCUCCGGCAACCGAAGCCGAGGCGGUGGCGUCAAAACGGUGGACAGCGGCACCGUCAGCGUUGAUGGCCGGGGCUUCGUAGCCCGCGACCUAAGCAUUGAAAAUACAGCAGGGGCUAUCAAUCAUCAGGCUGUCGCGCUGAGAUCCUCCUCCGACAACUGUGCCGUGUACCGCUGCGCCAUCACGGGCUAUCAAGAUAGCCUCUACGCGAAGGAAGGAAAGCAAUUUUACAGGGAGUGCCGCAUCUCGGGCACAGUCGAUUUCGUCUUCGGCGACGCGGCGGCCAUCUUCCAGAAGUGCUCCAUCAUCGCGCGCAAGCCGCUUAAGGGCCAGGCGAACGUCCUCACCGCGCAGGGACGUGAACGAGCCGACGGUCCGACGGGGUUUGCGUUCCUCUUCUGUGAAGUACUAGUUGCCAACGACGAGCUCCUUCAUGCUGACUUCGCUGUCGAAACAUUCCUUGGCCGGCCGUGGCAGCCUUACUCCCGGGUGGUCUUCCUCAAGUGUAGUCUCCAGGGAUUCAUCAAUCCAAAGUGGUGGCUCCAAUGGGAGGGCCACACCGACGUCGACAAAAUGUUCUACGGCGAGUACAGCAACUCCGGGCCGGGCGCCGACGUGACAGGCCGGGUCAACUGGCCCGGGUUUCACCUCUUGCAAGAUGCCGAAGCUGCCAACUUCAGUGUGGAGAAGUUCAUUCAGGGCGAUGUUUGGCUACCGGCCACUGGAGUGGAGUUCACCCCUGGACUUGGCCAGUGAUCCUUGCAUCAUAUCAUCCCUCAUUCCUUGCAUAAAUAAUUAAAUACUUCAGUUAAUGUACAGUUCCGUGUGGCACAAACAAGAACCCUUCAGUUAAUGUACAGUUUAGUUAUAUUUUAUGUGUGUGUGUGUGUGUGUGUG